ACCUCAAACGCGCAACACAAAAACCUAAAAAUGAAGUUCCUGAUCGUCUUCGUUGCGCUCUUCGCCGUCGCCCUGGCCGCACCCGCUGAUGUAGUAAUUGUGCGCAACGAUGCCGACGUUGGACCUGAAUCAUUCAACUACGCCUACGAGACAUCCGACGGCAGUUCGGCAAGUGCACAAGGUCAGCUGCAGAACAUUGGCUCAGAAAAUGAGGCUAUUUCCGUUAAGGGCUCAUUCAAGUACAUUGGCGAUGAUGGUCAGAACUACGAAGUCAGCUACAUUGCCGAUGAGAACGGUUUCCAGCCAUCGGGCGCCCAUUUGCCCGUCGCCCCCGUUGCCUAAGAAGCUAUAUUAAAACUUACAAAAUAAAUUAAAUGUU